AUGAGUUUUUAAGGAUUUUUGGUUAAGAAAACUAUUCAACAAUUCCCAAUUAGACAAAAGCCAGUUUAUUAUGAUGAUUUCACUGAUUAAAAUUUUGUUCUUUUCAUAAACAAAAAGUUAGCUGAUCUACGAUGUAUUGUAUGAAUUUAUUAGUUUAAAGUGGCAGCAACGAUUUAUCAGCUAAGCGAAUUAUGAACUUAAAAAUAAAAAUCCCAAAAGAUAAAAAUACUGAGGGAUAGAAAAUCAAAAGAAAGGCUUCUUUAAAACGUAAAUCGUUGUCAGUUUAGAAGGAUGAUGAUCAAGAUAAAAAGUUUCGCUAUAAAUUUAGAUCACCACCAGUAAAACCUGAGGUUAGAUUAGCUUCUUAUUUAAAUGAUGAAUUACUUAGAUAACAUUAAAUAAGUCCAUUGUAUUAGGAAUACAAAUUAGCUAAUUUAAAAGCUAACUUAGUAAAAUUAUAAGCUAAAAAAUCAUAUUAAUUAAAUGAAUUAAAUCAUGUAGAAUUAGAAGAUGAUGAAUAAGUUAAAUAUUUUCUGACAGAAAUUUGUAAGAAUCAUCCUGAGAUUGAUGUAGGUAAAUUAUUAAAAGUAGAUGUUGAAAAGAAAGAAUUAAAAUUAGAUAAUUAAGAAUAAAUAUUGAAAGAACUAAUUUAAAAGAGAAUAAAAUAAGAAGAACUAGAAUAAUUGAUGAAAUUAGAAUAAUAAUACAAUUAAAAUCUUGUAAAUAUUUAUAAAGAAACCAGAUAUGAUUAAUUUGAACCAGAAUUUAAGAAAUAAGGAUAAAUUAAUAUGUGUAAAAUAAAAAAAUAAAAAGAAAUUUAGGAUAAGAUGUUUGCUGAAAUAUUUAAAAGUAAAUCUCAUCGUACAUCAAACAAUAAUACUACAAAACAUUUCUUUCAUACAAAAAUUAAAACACCAGAAUCAAAACAUAAAGUUACACUUUCGUAAUAAUUUACACCUUCUAAUAAUAUAUUUAUAUCAUAACCAACUACUAUCCCAAUGUCACCAUAAACUUCUAUGCAUUAAGAACUAAAACCAAGUUAAAUGACAACUUCUAUAGGUACUUUUAGUGAUAGUAGAUCUCCAAUUAAUGUUCCAAAUACUGAUUUUAGUUAAAAAAUAAAGACUAUAAUGGAUAAAUGUGAAUUAUUUGAAGAUGAACAUAAAAUAUCAAAUUAAAUAUUAAAAAAAAGAAUAAAUUUAAUGGGAAGAGAAUUAAAUACAUAUUUUGAUACAGCCAGAAGUAGAUAUAAAAAUUAAGAAAUGGAAAUAGAUACAAAUGAAGGAUUUGAUAGAUUUUUAUAAGAAAACUAAUUUAAACGAAAAUUAAUUGAAUUUUAGGUUAGUUAAGUGUAGAAUUUAUAUGAAGUAUUAAGUCAAAAAGCUAAAAGAGAAUUGACUAAUAAUUUUAUGGGAUCAGAUUUAGAUAAAUAGAAAUUAUUUUGA